CUCGGCGCGUUAAAGAGCCUUCCAAUGGAUCGUAAUGUGUGUCUGUGCUUGAUAUCAAUUUUCGCUCUCUGCUACUUGACCUCCACUCACUGCCAGGGUGAGCCGGGCCAAGCUCCCCCUCUCGAAAGAGACGCGAUUCGCUUUCCUGUAGAACGCGACAUACUCUUCCCGGACUUCCGUGCUGGGUCAGGCCAGCCUGGGGAAAAAAUUUGGUUUCGCAUAACCGACUUCCAGUUUGACCGAAAUGAGAACUUACCCCUGCCCCUGCCCAAGCCCAAGCAGCGCACUCCGCCGCCGAGGCCAGGCCAGCCCUUUCCGCCGCCCCCUGGGGGUUUCAAAAGGAAAAGAAGCAAACGACGCCGAGUCUGUGAGCAGAAAUACUCGGAGUACGUAGAGCGCAUCUUUCCCAACGACACUGCAGUGGCCGCUGAUGCCAACGACGCAGAGUUCGAUGGUCGAGUACUAGCCAAGCCCGGUGAAUACCCCCAUAUGGCAGCCGUAGGCUUUGAGGCUGAUGGAGGACGAGUCCAGUACAAAUGUGGCGGCAGCCUGAUAAGCGAGAACUUCGUGCUUACCGCAGCCCAUUGUACUUCUAUAUAUGGGACGGCCCCCAAGUGGGUGCGCGUUGGGGAUCUUAAUCUUGUCGUCGAGGAGCGAUCAGUGGAGGGCCAGCUAGUUCGGAUAAAGAAAAUAUUUACGCACCCCAAUUACAAUAAGGAGCUGUACUACGACGACAUAGCACUGCUGAAGCUUGAAAGGGAAGUGGAACUAACGGAAUAUGUCAGACCAAUUCGCCUGUGGGUCUUCCCAGAGCUGCCUACGACGAUUGCCUUUGCAAUGGGAUAUGGGGCCACGAGCUUCGCCAAGGCCAUGACGAACCGACUGACCAAUCUCAACCUGACCGUGGUACCGAACGCUGAAUGCAACGAGGAGUUGCCAUCAAUUGCAGAGACACCCAACGGAGUUCUGGGAAGCCAAAUCUGUGCCCAGGACUAUAUUCUCAACAGAGAUACCUGUCAGGGCGAUUCGGGGGGGCCGCUGCAACUGAAUCUACCAGGGCGCCGUCGAAUGCACAGAAUACACUAUCACCUAAUAGGCGUUACCUCUUACGGUGUGUUUUGUCGCAGUAGUUAUCCAUCAGUUUACACCCGAGUUUCUUCCUACUUAGACUGGAUUGAACUUACUGUGUGGACUUGAUACGCAGAUGUAUUUCUCAGAAAUACCUAAUCCAACAUCUUUUUGAACUGUUGGAAUUUUCGACAGAUGUAAAAGACCUAGUUCAAGAACCCUUUUCAAAAUCCGAUUUUUGGUGCAGACCUGUUGGAACUAAAGUAUGUUAGAAUAGACCUAUGUAACGUACUUGGCUUUUAUUCUUAACGUGUGGUAUUUGUAAAAUCACAUUUGAGAAAAUAACAGCACCUAAUGUUUUGAAUAAAUAUAUCUUCAAGAGUGUGUAAUCAAUUUUAUUGAUAUGCAUGUCAAUAAAUUUUAUGCCCUACUUAAGGUUAAGGUUCUACAUAUGUUUCGUCGAUCACAACUUUUAGCCAUUAAAGUAAACUUUUCACCAGUUAUUAAAAAAAAUUGUAUCUAUGGAAACAAAAUGGUAUCUGCCUAAAACAAGUAGAAGGAAAAAUAUGAGCCUCAAAAUACCUUAUAUUUUACAUUUAUUGGUACCCUGCUGUCACAGGUAGAAUGAAGCGUUUCCGACCCCACAAAGUAUGUACACUGGUCGGCUUAUUUAUUUUGACGAAAUAAAUGUUAAAUAUACUCGUAAUUUGAACUUACGUUUU